AUGGGUUCAACGCGUUUUUUGUGCUUCUGCAUAAAUUCCUUUGACGUGCACAUGUCAUGGUUCUACGAAAAUAAAACCUUAUCCAGCGUGUUACGAAUUCCUCUUCUUCAGGUCUAUGGAGCGCCAGUUCCAUUACUUCUUUGGGCAUCCCACCUCAACAACCGUCAACAACAAGCAAUGCACGACCCGACAAGGCACCAUCAGGUUACCCUAAAACGAGAUCCUUUCUCAGAUUUAGACAUCGGUCACCCUCAUCCUCAUCUUCAAAUGAUUCUGCUGUAG